AUGGCCAAGGAACCGGCUCCGAAGACAAACACCCCACCACCGUUCACCCAGUCGACCGGGCCAGGGAAAACCACAGAACAAAACGCCUCCAACGAGAACCCGACACGGGCAGAGCAGAGAAGGACGGAUUGGAUAAUCGUGAAACGUCUCAUGACGAACGUUUGGCCGAAGGAUGACUGGAGAACCCGUGGGACGGUCGUCCUGGGCUUCAUCCUCCUCAUUUCAGCCAAGCUGCUAAAUGUACAAGUGCCUCAACUGUUCAAAUCUGUGGUCGAUUCCCUGAACGUGGACAUCACCUCCUCAACAACAGUAUGGCUCCUGGCCGGAAGUCUAAUCGUUGGAUAUGGUUUCGCUCGUAUUGGUGCAACCCUCUCAGGAGAGCUUCUCAACGCUGUAUUCGCCAACAUUGGUCAACGCGCCAUUCGAAAGGUUGCACGCGAGACAUUUGAACACCUACUUAACCUCGACCUUCGGUUCCAUCUGUCACGACAAACGGGCGGUUUGACACGAGCUAUCGAUCGUGGUACGAAAGGAAUCACUUUCCUCAUUCAAGCCAUCCUCUUCCGCAUUGUCCCGACCGCGUUGGAGAUUUCCUUGGUCUGCGGUAUUCUGACCUACAAGUUUGGAUGGGACUUUGCUGCCGUCACUGCAGGAGCGAUGAUUCUCUACACCUGGUUCACUGUUCGAACGACAUCUUGGAGGACGCAGUUCAGAAGGCAAGCUAACAAGGCCGACAACAAAGCUGCAUCAACUGCCGUGGACUCCCUCAUAAAUUUCGAGGCUGUCAAGCACUUCAACAACGAGAAAUUUGAGAUCAAGCAAUAUGACCGACAUUUGGCUGAAUAUGAGAAGGCUUCAGUGAAGAUCACCACUUCCCUUGCAUACCUGAACUCGGGCCAGAACGUUAUUUUCUCCAGUGCCCUCACGUUGGCCAUGUUCCUCGCCGCUCAAGGUGUUGUCAAUGGUACAAUGACGGUCGGAGAUGUGGUUAUGGUCAACCAACUGAUCUUCCAGUUGUCGCUCCCUCUCAAUUUCCUCGGGACCAUCUACCGAGAAAUGCGACAAAACCUACUGGACAUGGAAGUGCUCUACAGGCUCAUCGAGGAAAACCACCCUGUGAAGGACAAACCAGACGCGAAGCCGCUCGCUCUGAAAGGGGGCUCCAUCCGUUUCGAAAACGUCGCCUUCAGCUACCACCCCGACCGCCCCAUCUUCCGAAACCUCUCUUUCACUGUUCCUGCUGGAAAGAAGGUUGCCAUCGUCGGUCCGUCUGGAUGCGGAAAGUCUACCGUCUUCCGCCUGCUCUUCCGCUUCUACGACCCUCAUUCCGGCAAGAUCUACAUCGACGACCAGGAAAUCACCAGUGUCCAACUUGAAUCUCUUCGCAAAGCAAUCGGCGUCGUCCCUCAAGAUACCCCUCUGUUCCAUCAAAACAUCAUGCAUAACGUGCGGUACGGAAGGCUGGAUGCGACUGACGAGGAGGUUAUCGAGGCUACCAAGAAGGCCAACGUCCACAACACGAUUGCGAAGCUUCCAGCCGGGUAUGAUACCCAAGUCGGUGAACGUGGGCUGAUGAUUAGCGGUGGGGAGAAGCAACGGUUGGCAGUCGCCAGAGUGCUGUUGAAGGACCCUGAGAUUCUGUUCUUCGAUGAGGCUACAUCUGCGUUGGACGCUCAUACCGAACACGAACUGAUGAAAAACAUCAACUCAAUUCUGCAUGAGAAGUCAAGGACGAGCAUCUUCAUUGCUCAUAGGUUGCGAACUGUCGUCGAGGCCGAUAUGAUUAUCGUUCUCAAGGAUGGAGAAGUGGUCGAGCAGGGCACUCAUGACGAGCUCAUGAAUGCGCGCGGCCUCUACCACAGCAUGUGGCAGCAGCAGGCGUCGCUGGAAGCGUCCGGUGCAGCGGAGGGCAGAGGGGAAUUUGACGAGGCCCUGGCUCUUGCUGCUGAAGAACAGCGGAAACCCGCUCCAAAGAACUAGGCUCUGACUUUGUAAGAAUCAUGCUCGUCGGUGAUGAGUAGCACUUUCCUCCGUCAAUUAUCUUACCCAGCAUUAGAACGUUUCGCUUCACAACUACUCGUCAUUCUUUGGUCGCUGCAGGACAUGGACAAAGUUCCUUGAAUUAGACAUAUCUAUGCGUCGUUCCUUUAGCACUAAUUAUAAU